GGAACACUAAAUCCCUCUGGCUCCUGUCCCAGCACCUCCCAGUUCUCUCCCAGCGCCUCCGGUCGCUCAGCGACCGCGUCCCCGCUCCCGGCACUGCCGGCACCGGAGCUCUUGCCACGAUGCAGCCUGAGGAGGGGGCUCCAGGGGGGUUUGGUGGGGGGGGGCUGCUCCCUGACCCCUAUGACAGCUUCAUGCGUCACCACUUGAGCUACUACGGCUACUUCCAAGGCCACAAGACGGGUGCACAGAAGAGCCCCGUGACCUCAGGGGACCCCACGGAGCAGCGUCCCACCGAGGUGCCCAGCAUGGGCAGCACCAAUCCUGGCCACCGGCGCGGUCCUGGGCAGGAGCUGAGCCGUCCUCCUGCAGCCCCCCAGGCACUGGAGCGAGCCCCCGGCCGGGGCACACGGGUCCCCUCAGCACAGCACCGGGGGACCCUGGGGGACUCUCGGGGUCUCUUUGCUGUGCCCUCACUGGGGGGGCCCCUGCCCGCUCCCCGCUGGCCUGUGGAGUGUGAAGUCAUCCAGGAGCCCAUCGAGCACAUCGAGUGGGUCCCCCCUGAACCGGAGCCCUUCUGCCAGCCCACGGGCAUGGAGCAGGCCCCGGCCACCCUUGGCGAGGAGCAGGGCACCGUCGUCUACCACUGCAACCCAGUGCCCCAAGGCUCCUGCUUCACCCGUGCCCGCGUUGGGGGGGCCCCAGGGCCCCUCUCCUCGGCAGCAGCCCCCUUGGAGGGUCCCCAGGACACGACGCUGCUCUUUGAGUCCCGCUUUGAGAGCGGCAACCUGCAGAGAGCCGUCAAGGUGGGUCCCUACGAGUACAUGCUGUGGCUGCGGCCGGACCUCUUCACCACCAAACACACCCAAUGGUUCUACUUCCGCGUCCAAAACACCCGCCGGGCCCCUCCGUACCGCUUCACCAUCGCCAACCUGGCCAAAGCCAAGAGCCUCUAUGGCGAGGGCAUGAGGCCGCUGCUCUACUCCCAGCGGGACGCCCAGAGCCGCGGCAUCGGCUGGCGCCGCGUCGGCACCGACGUCCGCUACUACCGCGGUGGUGGCGACAGCGACGAGGGUCCAACCACCUUCCACCUCUCCUGGAGCAUGCGCUUCCCCCACGACAGCGACACGUGCUUCUUCGCCCACUCCUACCCCUACACCUACACGGAGCUGCAGCGCUACCUGCGGGCGCUGGCGGGCGACCCGGUGCGGUCGCGGUACUGCGCGGUGCGGGCGCUGUGCCACAGCCUGGCCGGGAACCCCGUGUACGUGCUGACCAUCACCAGCACCUGCAGCACGGCGCCCAAGCGCGCCGUGGUGCUGAGCGCCCGCGCGCACCCCGGCGAGAGCGGCGGCUCCUGGGCCAUGCGCGGCUGCCUCGACUUCCUCCUCAGCGCCCGCGCCGACGCGCGGCUCCUGCGGCACCUCUUCGUCUUCAAGGUGGUGCCGAUGCUCAACCCCGAUGGGGUGGUGGUGGGUAAUUCCCGCUGCUCCCUGUCCGGCCGGGAUCCCAACAGGGCCUAUGCAACGGCGAUGCCCAGAGCCUUCCCUGCAGUGUGGCACCUGCGGGCUAUGGUGGAGAGGGUGCUGGCGGAGCGGGAGGUGGUGCUGUACUGCGACUUCCAUGGGCACAGCCGGAAGAACAACGUCUUCAUGUAUGGCUGUGAUGGCAGCGGGGCCAGCGCCAAGCUGCGGCUGCACCAGCGCGUCUUCCCCUUCAUGUUCAGCAAGAACGCCCCUGACAAGUUCUCCUUCCCCAGCUGCAAGUUCAAGGUGCAGAAGAGCAAGCUGGGGACAGGCCGGGUUGUGAUGUGGCGCUUGGGGGUCUCCAACAGCUACACCAUGGAGGCGGCUUUCGGCGGCUCCACGCUGGGCGGGAGGCGCUCACACUUCACCGUGCAGGACCUCACGGCGCUGGGCUCCCACCUCUGCGACACCCUCCUCGACUUCUGCGACCCGGACCCGGCCAAGUUCCAGCAGUGCCUGUCCGAGGUGGACGCGCUGCUGCGGCAGCGGCUGGGCCGUGAUCCGGGCGCUGGUGGCAGCUGGAGCGACGUGUCCCCCUCCGAGCUUGAGUCCAGCACCAGCGGUUCCGAUAGCUCCGUGUCUGACGCGCUGCCGGUCCAGCCGCAGCCGCCGCGGAGGAAGCAGCUGCGGAGCCGGAGGGCGAGGGACGCCGUGCGCCGGAGGAGCGCUGCCCCGCCGAGCCGGGCCCCCACCCGCGCCGCAGGGACCCGCGGCCGCGGCGCUGCUGCCUCCGCCGCUGCCGGCCCGGCCCGUGCCCCGCGGGCCAGGCUGCAGGGCUCCCGGCAGCCGCGUCCCCCGAGCAGCGCGGCUGGAGCCCAGCCUGGGCCCGGCUCCGGUGGCGGCGGCGGGGCCGGCACGGCGGGGGCUCGGCCGGACCAAGCCACAAGCGCGGCGCCGGGCUCCGUUCGGCCCCGCCGCGCCGCCCCGCGCUGCUGCGCCUGUGCUCGGCAUUAAAGCGGUGCCACGGCCGGGACCGCGUGUGGCGGCGCCUCCUUCACCCGCGGGCACCGGGCCCCGCCGCCACGCCGGGCCCGCAGGCCCCGCUGCCAUGGCGGUCCCGUUGCCAUGGCGACCCCUCAGACCCCGUUAUCAUGGCGGCCCCGUUGCCAUGACGACCCCCCUAGGCCCCGUAGCCAUGGCGACCAGUCAGGCCCCCCCCAGGCCCCGUAGCCAUGGCGACUCCUGAGCCCCCGUUGCCACGGCGGCCCCUCAGGCCCCGUUAUCAUGGCGGCCCCGUUGCCAUGACGGCCCCGUUGCCAUGACGACCCCUCAGACCUCCCCCCCGGCCCCGUUGCCAUGGCGAUCCUUCAGGC